GGACCGUCACACACAGGAGCAGAGCAGCACAGGCAGCAAGCAGCAACGCAGAAGGAACGCCUCCAAACAUCUCGACUCAUCCUUUUGCAUUAAAGCCAGUCUAUUUUGUGAUAUAUGUGUAUACAUAUAACACCCGGAAUUUCCAAAGAACACAGUUUAGUGCGUUAUCCGAGGAAAAACAGCCUCAUUCUGACCGAGUAUCCGCCAGCUUUUCGGAAAUAACCAAGGAGUUGUCACACAGCCCGAGCGCAAGGCUUGCAUCGUGGCUCUUUCAGAAGUGGCAUGUUCGAGGGAUACUGCGGGCACGAUUGAACUCCUGCUUUCACCCAAAGAGGAUUCAAUGAAAAUGUCCGUGUGUGUCCAUGAGAACCGGAAAUCCAGAGCCAGCACUGGCUCUAUGAACAUCUACCUGUUCCACAAGUCCUCAUAUGCCGACAGUGUCCUCAUGCACCUCAACUCACUGCGGCAGCAAAGGCUUUUCACAGAUGUCCUGCUUCAUGCCGGCAGCCGCUCCUUCCCCUGCCAUCGUGCCGUGCUGGCUGCCUGCAGCCGCUACUUCGAGGCCAUGUUCAGCGGUGGGCUGAGGGAGAGCCAGGCCAGUGAGGUCGACUUCCGUGACUCCAUCCACCCGGAGGUUUUAGAGCUCCUGCUGGAUUAUGCGUACUCCUCACGUGUGGUCAUCAAUGAGGAGAACGCAGAGUCACUACUGGAGGCUGGGGACAUGCUGGAGUUUCAGGACAUCCGGGAUGCCUGUGCUGAAUUCCUGGAGAGAAACCUUCACCCGACUAACUGUCUUGGCAUGCUGUUGCUGUCUGAUGCCCACCAGUGCACCAAGCUGUCAGAGCUCUCUUGGGGCAUGUGCCUCAGCAACUUCCCCGCUAUUUGCAAGACAGAGGACUUCCUCCAACUGCCCAAAGAUAUGGUAGUGCAGCUUUUGUCACAUGAGGAGCUGGAGACAGAAGAUGAGAGACUGGUUUAUGAAGCUGCCCUGAACUGGAUCAACUAUGACCUGGAAAGGAGGCACUGCCACCUUCCAGAGCUCCUGAGAACAGUUCGUCUCGCCCUGCUGCCCGCCAUCUUUCUAAUGGAGAAUGUCUCGACAGAAGAGCUGAUCAAUGCCCAGGCCAAGAGCAAGGAGCUGGUGGAUGAGGCUAUCCGCUGUAAGCUGAAGAUCCUGCAGAAUGAUGGCGUGGUUAACAGCCCAUGUGCUCGACCAAGAAAAACCAGCCAUGCUCUCUUUCUCCUGGGAGGGCAGACUUUCAUGUGUGACAAGUUGUACCUGGUGGACCAGAAGGCCAAAGAGAUCAUCCCGAAGGCAGACAUUCCCAGCCCAAGGAAGGAGUUCAGCGCCUGUGCCAUCGGCUGUAAGGUAUAUAUCACAGGUGGGAGAGGCUCAGAGAAUGGUGUAUCCAAAGAUGUAUGGGUCUAUGACACCGUCCAUGAGGAAUGGUCCAAAGCGGCGCCCAUGCUGAUUGCCAGGUUUGGUCAUGGCUCUGCAGAGCUGAAACACUGCCUGUACGUGGUGGGAGGUCACACUGCAGCAACUGGCUGUCUCCCUGCUUCUCCAUCCGUAUCGCUCAAACAGGUGGAGCAGUUUGACCCAGUGGCCAACAAGUGGACCAUGGUGGCUCCUCUGAGAGAGGGUGUGAGCAAUGCAGCAGUGGUCAGUGUCAAGCUCAAGCUCUUUGCCUUUGGUGGAACCAGCGUCACCCACGACAAGCUGCCCAAGGUGCAGUGCUACGAUCCGCAGGAGAACCGAUGGACUGUACCUGCGUCCUGCCCGCAGCCAUGGCGCUACACAGCCGCUGCUGUGCUGGGAAACCAGAUCUUUGUCAUGGGCGGGGAUACAGAGUUCUCAGCGUGCUCGGCUUAUAAGUUCAGCAGCGAGAACUACCAAUGGACUAAAGUGGGCGAUGUGACGGCCAAGCGGAUGAGCUGCCAGGCAGUGGCAUCGGGGAACAAACUGUAUGUUGUGGGAGGUUACUUUGGCACACAGCGAUGUAAAACUCUGGACUGCUACGACCCCACACUGGAUGCCUGGAACAGCAUCACUACUGUGCCAUACUCGCUCAUUCCCACUGCUUUCGUCAGCACCUGGAAACAUCUGCCUGCUUGAACCCCGAACCCUCUACCCACCCUCAUUUCAUGAGAUUUCCCUGUUUUGCAUCAUCUACUUGACUCCAACUGUGAAGAAGCCCACAUCCUCUAAAAGAGACACUGAGCAGUGAUGUACAGACGCCCGCAUUCAUUUUGAUGUUGCAAAGAUGUCGAAACAGAAGCACGUACAGAUGGACAUUUUACUGGAAUGAUGUCAUGUCUCGUCCCUGAGAAGGAAGUUGAGACAAACAGUAGCUCGCACAAACAAACCAAACAAACUGCUGCUUGAUAUAUGAGGCACACACUCCGACCUUGUGUACAUUUAGCGUAUCAGGCUUGUGCUUUCAUGCUGCCAUAUGAGGACUGCAAACAUCACACAACCUGCAUUUUUCCCAUUUAGUCAUGACAGGCUUGUGAGGAUCUGUAUUGAUGUUUUUUUUCGCUGAGUAAAAAGAAGAAGAAGAAAAAAAAAAAAGCUCUAUUCAUGGAGACUGCAAUGUAUAGCAUGAUCGUUGUUCUAUUUAUAUUGGGGUGGGGGGGAUGCAAUGAUUGGUGUGCUAAAGAACAGAAGGCAACUCAGUUUAACUGAAUACAGCUGAUGUAUAAAUGGCACAAUGAAGGAGCAAAUCACCCCCUUUUAUCCUCUAAUAAGCUUUUUUGUUUGACCCCUUGGAUCUUUUUGUUCUUCUUUCAAAUGUGUUUCUAACAGCUCUGACACUGAAACAAAACCUUUUGAGUGUUCCUCUUAUGAAGGCUUUGGCAGUUUGCUGUCACUGCAAGCCAUGAGGUGUUGAUGACCAGCACCAGCUGAGGUUGAGGAGGAUGGGAGGACAUCUUGUGCAUGGCCGGGGUGUCAAGGUCCCUCUGGGGUCACGACCUUGUUUUCUGUUUUUCAGCUUUGCAUUAACGCCCGCUGAGCGCAGGUUAACUAACACUGCACACAGGGGCUUUAUUCAGUGUUUGGAUUCAGCGCUUCAGAAAGGACACAUUCAGCUGUACACUAAAUGCUGUAAAAGACCGACUGUGCUUCUGUUGUUCUGAUAAAAAAGCAGCGGCUCGCUUGCUGAGUCAUAGCUGAACCUUUUUUAGAGCAUGUCCACUCAUAGUGAUUCAGUAAAACUGGCAUGAACUCUUCUCUGUGGUCACAGAAAUCUUGUCACCUUAACAUAAACUGAGAAUUAAUCAGUUUCUUUUUAAACUUGCUGCAAUGUACUUCCUUAGUCUUAAUUUAUAUGACAAUGAUUACUCUGUUAUGUUACUAUCUUUAAUCCUAUUUAUUUCUUCUCUGCCUGCAUUCGUAUGUGAAUGUAUGUUUGGGGUAUGUCAUGCAUGGCCAGGUGUUGUAUUUUCAUUUUAUCUCAGCAGGGCUGCAUUUUGCACAGUUCAGUCUUAAUGAGGAGGAACUUGUUCUUUUUAAACGAGACAGAGGUGCACCUCUCCUGGGGUUUUCAGUUAUGUCAGAGUGUGGUUGGAAGAGGAAGAAUGGCUCAGAUUACUGAUGAAGUGUGAAUCAGUUUAGGCCACAGGGUCACUGCCCAAAUAAGACUGAAUGAAGUUGAAAGAAAGAAGUAUUCAUUCUACUUCUAAUAGAUUCUCUUUAAGCUCCAAACUGGGUCCAAACCUGCCUUAAAUCAGCACCUCAGACCCAAACUGUACCAACAAAACAAUAAACCAUAAAACAGAUAAGGCUGCUAGGAGGAACGGUGCAGUAUGUGACCCAGUAACGAUCAGGGACAUCACAGAGUAUAACCCUGACAUGGUUAAGAAUGCGACGGUCUCUGCAGCUGUCCUUGGGACAGCUGGAGGACUGUCACGUGUGCUAACUUGGCUCGUCGGGGUGUUAACCCGCAGUCUUCACCAUUAGGUCGAGAAAGAGUUGAACCCAGUAAGCUGUGCAUUGAUAAGGGCAGACACCGCAGUGCUUUUCACCAUAGUGUCAAUGAUGCACAUAUUAAAAAAAAAGAAAAAGAAGAAAAAACAUUGCAAGUUCCUAAAGACCAAAAAAAGAGAGAAUGUCUUAAACACUUGCAUAUGAAAUACUUGGUAACUCUAAUCAGUGUUUCUGUCUGUAUGUCUGUCUAUACCUGAACAUUGACUUUUUACAGUUGAAUAUUAAUGCAAUCAUUGAAUUUCAAUGUAAGGUAAUGUUAUGGUGGAGUGUGUGUAUAUAUUUUUUAAAACGUCCUUCCUUGCAAAUUCAUGGAUCAAAUGAAAUCAAUUGGUAAACAGCCCUAUAAAUUCCUGCUCAGCUCCUUAAACCACCCCAAAAAAAUCAAAGUUUAGGACUUUUUUAUGGAGACCCUUGUGGCUCCAUAAUGUCGAUCUCCUCCAACCACUGAAUACAGAGCCCCACCAAUCACAUAAGAGUAUUUUUUUCCCCCAUAGAACACAAGUUUUCCCAGCAACAGCGAGUAAUGAAUGCCCCUUCAAUUUGUACCUAAUUGCUGAGUGGCAUUUCCCAUGUCUGCUCUCGCCCUCCUCUUAUCCUCUGUUUUAUCUGAAAAUCCAGCUGGCUCAGAUUGGAGCACAGCAUCUUGCUUCACAUGACGAUGUAAAUUAGACAGAAAACACUGUCAGCGUGCAUCAGUUUCAUUUUUUUUUUUUUUUUUUUUUUUGUCAUGUAAGAGUUUAAUUUCUAUUUUUAUGGCAUUAUUUUGUACAUGUGAUUUUUUCACAAUGUGAAAUUCAUGGCUAAUAAACAUAAGAGUUUUUUCCUCUUGACUGUAAA